AUGGGGAAAUUUAGAUCCAAAAUAAAGGGAAAAUCAAAGGGCAAGAGAUGGCAGAAGGGCCAUUCUUCGAAUUCAAAUCCGAAAACUCAAAAGUACCGGGAAAUAGCAAAGUCCCGGUUUUUUCAAGAAAACCUAGGUGGCUCCGGACUAACACAGCAAGCUCUACAAAAACAUGAUGCUAUUACUCUCUACGGACAUAGUAAGAAAGCAGAUGAAGAUGUUAUAAGUAAAGAAUUUGAGAGUAUGUCUGUUCGUGCUGGUGAAGAUGAUGAAACUGAAUACACUGGUUCACAAAAGUCUGGCACCUUUAAAACAUUCCAGACUUUUGCCUCGGAUUGGAGUCAAUGUUCAAAUAUUAGUUUUAGCAAACUUCUGACAAGAUUUGACUCAAACAAUGCAGUGCAUAAAGAGAUGUUGGCUGUGCUAGCAGCUGUUACUGAAGUGAUCAAAGAACAGGGAGGAAAGGAAACAACUACAGAAUAUUUUGCUGCUUUGAUGCAAGCACUUAAAGCGUCAGAAGGUGAAGAAAGCCUAGUUGCAACUAUAUCUUUACUAUCAAUGGGGAUAAAAUCCGUACCACAAGCCGUUCUACGCAAACAGUUCUCAGAUUCAGCUACUAUUUUUACUGAACUACUGGAGAAAAAUGAACAGACAGAAAAUGGCACAUUGUUACGAAGUGCCAUAGGCUGUCUCUCUGUCUUGCUAAGAGCACAAGAAUAUGCACUAUGGGGUAGUUCCUCUACUAUGAAGAUCUUUGACUGUGUGCUUGCAUUUGCUCUUCAUUCUAAGCCAAAGGUUAGAAAGGCAGCACAACAUGGUGUGACAUCAGUUCUACGUGGCAGUUGUUUUAUGAUCCCUUCAGAGGAUAAUAAUAAGGUAAUCAAAUUACAUCCAGCAUCCAACCGUGUUGCAGACUAUUGUUUAUCUCAAAUAAAUGCAGAAGCAUUACUCUCUGGCCACAGAACAGUGUUGCACACUUUGACAUUAUUGCGCGAUGUGUUGCCAGUUUUCAGCAAGGAUAAUAUAAAGACGAUAUGUGAAGCGAUCCUAUCCCUAAUGACACACAACAAUGUAUACAUAAAAACCUGUUGUCUUCAUACAUUGCACGCGUUAUUCGACGCCCCAAAAGAUAUUUGUAACAUAACGGGUAACUUGGCCGUGCAGUUGACUAGGGCUUUGAUGGCUGCUCGACCCCCGGCCAAUGAUACCGGACAGAUUUUAGCAUGGACCACUGUCUUGCAACAGGGAUAUGGAUGUUUAGCCGGUCUCGAUUUAAAUCUUUGUAUACCGAAUCUGCCGUCGUUUGUGAAUAUCUGUGUCUCAGAGUUGUGGCUCUCAGACGUUGCCGAAGUUAACGCCGCUUCUACCAACGCACUGAAAGCCAUACUCUUAGACUGUGUAAAGCUAGCUGUGGAGUCAGAAGAGUCCCUUCUGAAGCACAAAGCUCACAUCGAGGGUAUUUUCAAGGCUAUUGGAACUGGGCUGGAUAAUCCAUUCAACCAAGCUAUUAAGCAUGUUAUAUUGACAAUAGCUGUCUGCUUUGAGAUUGGAAAUGAUAAAAUCGCAUUCGCUCUUGGACCACUAUUAAAAAAAUUAAACGAUCGACGCGAAAGCCACAAUUUCUUUAACGAGAAAGAGGCGGAAUAUGCCACCGGUUGCGCCAUAAAAUCUCUAGGACCUGAAUUUGUAUUAAAUAUAAUCCCAAUACGAGUGGAUGACACAAUAAACCUGGACAGAAGCUGGCUUUUACCCAGUAUUGAAGGAGAAAAUAACGAAUUCGAACAUUAA